CCCCGCCCCAACCUUUCCCCCUUUCUCCUCCACGCAAACACACACCUCCCACAUUACCCUCCCUCCUCGCCCCCUCCCACGCGACUGAUGACUUCUAUCGACGGGGACAGCUCCUUCGAAGAGGUCAACCACAGCGACGAUUCCGACGCGCCCCCCUCCCCGGCCAGCCCUCCUCUUGCCGCCAUCAUGACCGGCCAGGAGCAUGAUCCCCUUUCCAGCCCGUCCGACGGCACGCAUGCCGACGACGAGGCCCCCAAUGCCACCCCCAGCCAGCCCCCCUCGUCGGCUCCCUCUUCGGAUGGCGACCCCUCACUGGCUGUCGCUGACGCCCCCGCCGCCGGCCCUCCCUCGCUGACGGUCGAGACGACGCCCCUGCCGGUGUCCUCCAACUCCGGCGUCAUUUCGGCCCUUUCGCCGACGUCUCUCCUGAAGGAGGCUUUGUCCCCGCGGCCGGAUGCGGUUGGCAGCCCCCGGUCCGCCGGGCAAGUGACCAUUUGGUCCAUCAACGCCAUGGAUGACGAUGAUGAGACCGGCAAUGCCGGCGAGGAGUCCGACGACUCGCUCAAGGCCCUGGCCACUGGGGACAUUGAAGGCACUCCGGACGACGCCAGCCCCUCCUCCCUGGAGGGCAGCAACGACACCAGUCCCGCUGUCGGGUCUCAUGCUGAUGCCGACAGUGCCUCGGCCGCCGCCGCCGCGCCGGCCACCACCGGGUCCCGUGGCGGGGCCUCGGCCACCGGGGGAAGCUCCCGGCCGACCCGCCCAGCUGGAGGACCUUCGGGCUCACCCAAGCGCUCGGCCGAUGGCCGUGGCACCGCCUCCUCGGGCGCCGGCAGUGUGAGCACCUCGCGCGAGUCCAUCGCCCGGCUGCCGUCCAACUCGCACUCAUUCGUCAAUCUGGCCUCCCUGGCGGCACAGCAGCCGCAGCAUCAUUUCCCGCAUGCCCACCAGACCGUUCAGUUCCAGCAGGCGCACCAGCAUACCUUCCACCAGACGGCCAAUUCGCACCUGGCCCCCCUGGCCCCAUUGCAGAACGCCCAUCGGUCAAUGUCCCAUAGUUCGGCCCUGUCGGGGCUGGCCAGCCCGAUUCCCUCGGCGUCAGGCCUGUCCUUGGGGACUGGUGUCGGUCCAGCUGGGCCUCUGAAUGCCCAAGGCACGUCCCGGGCCCUUGCCAUGGAGCCGGAUGCGCGUGCCCCGCCGGCGGCCGAUGUCGCGGCGCCGACGCGCUCGCUGGCCCCUUCGCCCGCCGGCAUGCGCGGCCCCAUGAACCCCGACACCGGCGCCACGACUGGCGGCACCCACAACUCCGGCAAUCCCAAUCCCCACACCAAGACCCCGCUGUCGCAGCUGAACCUGGCCAAGGUGACCAAGCUCUUUGGCGAGUCGACGCCGGGAGGCGGCCCGCAUCGGUCCCUCUCCCGGCGCAUGGCCACCGAGAGCACCAGCUGGGCCAUCGGCGAUGUGGACGAGGACAAUGUCCAGCUGAAGUUCGAUCAAAUGUUCCUGGACGACAUUUUGCGCACCAUCCAGACCGAGUCUCGUAGUGGCCUGCAUUUCUUGGACUUCUCGACCCUCAUGCGGGAAGGCUGCUCCAGUCUCAUCAAUGAUUCCUUCACCCGGUGCUUCGUGCCGCAGAAGGCCCGGCGGUGGAACUGGAACAUUUAUCUCUUCAUCAUGUACUGCCUCGGAGUGGUUCUGCGCUAUGUGGUGCUCUUCCCACUGCGUGUCCUUACUCUGAUAUCGGCGUUUGUGCUGUUCUUCCUGCUGCGAGGCAUCACCGGGCUGAUCUUCCAGAACUCCCCUCGCCGCCGGAUUCAGUGGCAGCGCCGCAGUCUUCAGACGCUUUCCUACAUCUUCUCCAUGGCCCUCUCUGCUGUGAUCAAGUAUCAUGGCACGCCUCCAACUCGCCGGCCCAAUCAGGUAUACGUGGCCAAUCACACCUCUCUCAUCGAUGUGGUCGUGCUCAAUGUGGACCAAAUCUACUCGAUGCUUGGGCAGCGCCACGUCGGCUUUGUGGGCUGGCUGCAGGAUUCCGUGCUGGCCGGCACGGAUUGCCUCUGGUUCAACCGCAUGGAGGCCAAGGACCGCAAGAUGGUGUCGGAGAAGAUUCGUGAGCACACUCACGACAUCAACCGGUCGCCGCUGCUGAUUUUCCCCGAAGGCACAUGUGUCAACAACAAGCACAUUGUCAUGUUCAAGCGCGGUGCAUUCGAGCUUGACGCCGAUGUCUGCCCGAUUGCCAUCAAGUACAAUAAGGACUUCGCGGAUGCUUUCUGGAAUUCCAAGAAGGAGUCCUUCCUUGGGUAUCUUUUCAAGCUGAUGACCAGCUGGGCUCUUGUUGUUGAUGUCUACUACCUCGAGCCGCAGACCCGCCAUCCGGAGGAGUCGGUGACCAUGUUCGCGGAUCGCGUGAAGAAGCUCAUUGCCCGCUGUGCCGGCUUGGUUCCGGUCCCCUGGGAUGGCUAUCUCAAGUAUUAUCGUCCGCGUGCCUCCUUCAUGCAGUACCGGCAAAAUGCCGUGUCCAAGCUUCUUCGCCUGCGUCUGGACCUGCAUGAGAACUUGAACAUCGAGGAGCCACCCUCAGAUGGCAACAUCUUGGAUUUCCAGACCGACUCCGGUGAGCUGGAGGCACUUGGUGAUGAGCACAACUCCGGCUCCCUGGGCCCGAGUGACGAGGCCGACCAGUCGACGUCGGAAACCGCUCGUAGCUCCGACGCACAGACCUUUGCCACCACGGCCGCUCCACGGAAGACCCCAUCAUAGCCGAUGUAUCCCCUCAAAUAUCUGCAGGCGUGCUCGCUGCCUGACAGACUGGCGUUUGCCUGCCCUCCGGAUAAACUCGCAUCCCGGCCAUUCUCCCUUGUGCAUUGAAGAGUAUCACCUUUCAUCAAAAAAAAAAGUGCC